UAUAGUUUUUGAGGACGGUGUGAGACUACUGGGAAGUUUUGUUUCUACAGAACUUUUUCUUUUACAUGAAUUUCUAUUCCUAGUUUUUGAUACAUUUUUCACCAUGGCUGCAGGCCAGAAAUCUGCAGAAUACAUGGUUGAAAGGAGCAACAUAUGUCUUGAAGCACAAACCUAAAAAGACAAAGUGUUUCUAGCAUAGCAAAUAUUAAACUUUUCACGAACCGCUAAAAGGGAAUUUGGUACGGACAUACAUGUGGGAUUUCAAUCUGGCGGUCCUCAUGAACGGCACACUCAUAGCGGGUUAAGUUAUAUGGCUCUUAAACACUUCAACAUCUGAAAUCCCCGAUAAAGUACUCGAUUCUUCUAAGCGAGGAGUCGUCGUUUGGCGUUCGUGAAAAGAGCACGAUACAGUUUUAAAGAAAUUAAACAGAACUCUGAAAAUUAAUCUAAGCUCGUCCGAGAUUGACCCAAGGCGAAUGCAACGACGUCAGCGGACAAGCAACGACAAAAGUUCAAGUUGUAUAAUCCAGAAGAAAAUCCAAUUGGCAGACAAGCAGUUUCGAGAAGCAGUGCAUCAAAAGGGGUGCUAAUCAGAAAUCUGACCCAAUGAAAUUAAAAUCAGUAAGAGUUGGCUAUGUUUGGGAAGAGUGUGCUUGCAUCACAUACAUUACAUUACUUUAAAAUGCGUCCCCUGAAGAGCGCGGCAGAACGGUGUCACUUUUACUUUAAAGAUCUUAUUGGGACUGAAGCAGCCAUCGAGAGAUCACUGCAGCGAUGAGCAGAGACAAGAACUGAAAUGGAUCAAAGCGACAAAAGAUAAAAAAACAAAAGUAAAUAGGAAACGUUAAAGCUGCGAUUUUAUGAUGGAGACUCGCCCGGAGUGGAGGAUAUACCGCUUUAAAGUCCGAUCCCUUCAUCUUCGUGCGGUUUUCUUUGGCUGGGCUUUAAUAUGGACCCAGUACCUUAACUGUGUCUAUUGCGGUGAAAAAUUAGCUUUGUUGUCGGCUACUUUGCGCACAUAUCAGAAAGCGGCUUGUGAUUCGGAUCAGGUGGUUAUAGCCUGCCCCCGCGGAACCAGCAUUUCAAUCGAGUUUGCCCAAUAUAACAACUUCGUAGCAAAGGAUGGCUUUAGCAUUGAAGAACUUUGUCCUAGGUCUGGGGAAACCAGACCUGAAAUUAGAAGUAGGGCGAAGCACCUGCUCCGUGGCUCCAUAUUUGGCUCACCAUCACUGAAGAUACCAACUAACAGAAAUAUGAACGGUGGCUACGGACUUGCGAAUCCAGUGCAUUCUAUCGGUGAACAUAGCAGCACCACUGUUACUGGCUCUGAAUCGGUAGUCGGCACAACUCGCUCUGUCGACGAAGUACAAAGUAUCGAUUAUAACAAUGAAAAUGUUUUGGAAAACUGCAUGUGGCCAAAUGCAUUACAGUAUUCUUUACUGCAAACUGUGGUAGAGGCCUGCCAAAAGAAAAAGCACUGCAAGUUUAACGGAUCCCUGCAAUUCUACGGAACGGGCAGUAGCGGUGUGGGCGAUUCAUCUGGAACAAGCAGUUAUUACAGCAGCACGGCUAGCUCCAAUUCAAUAAACAUUGACCCGUGUCCCAAGCGCAAGAAGAUUGUAGAAGUUGCUUACAAGUGUCGCCCAUAUGAGUUCCGGAGUAAAGUUGCCUGCCACAAUGACGUGGCUCAACUGGAGUGCAAUCCUUAUUCCCGGAUAGCCGUAUAUAGCGCCAGUUUUGGAAGAACCGAGUAUGAAAGCAUUCAGUGCCCCCAGCCGCAAGGGGUUCGCGAAGAAACGUGUCUCGCAUCUUAUGCCACGGAAACUGUAAUGCAAAUUUGCCAUGGAAGACGGCGAUGCAACCUCGCAGCAGACGCAAACACAUUCGGAAAUCCUUGCCAGCCAAAUUCUCGAAUGUAUUUGAAGGUUGUUUAUACAUGCGUGCCGAAGCAAGUUCUUAAGGAAAGCAGAGAGUCGGAAGUGGAGCCUGACGAAGCUGAGGACUUAGAUGGCGAUAUGAAUGAUCUCUACGACGAUGAGCUGAUCUACAAGGAGUCAGAAGCUAUUCCCAAGCUAUACAGCAAUACAACCACGGCAAGGGACGGCAAUGGCACCAGCUCUCCCGGGUCGGGAACCAGUGUUUACUUGUCGGGCAACCAGGCCAUAUUGAAUAGCUCUCAGGUUAUAGAUGGCGAUAGAAGUGGUGUGAAUACUGUGAUGACACACAGUGCUGACUUGAGUCUAGAAGAAGACCAGGAACGUCUAUUUUUAUAUCUUAUUGUCUUGGGAUCUCUGGGAGUGCUAUUCUCCAUAGCAAUUUUUGCAACUAGGCUAGUACUUCAAAAGCGCAUUCUUACCACUGACGCGCACUUAAACUCCCUGACCAAAGAAAGGGAAAGAGCACUUGAGGAGGCAACUAUACAGAGCGGCUUCAACGAUACAAUCUCAGAAAUAGACGCCGACAUUGACCUGAAAACUCCUCUGCCAUUACCCAGUGUGUCUAAAACAGAGAACUACCUGACGUACGCUCCAGCUAGCAGCCUUUACGCUGGUGUGUCUUCCAACCAUUUACCUCCAGUGAGUAGGCCGGGACCUGCUGCUGAGCUAAUGGCAAAUUCACUUUUAAUGGCGACUCGUCAGUCCCCUGACAUUAUCGGCGUAACCGAAGGACCUUUUGUUACUACGAGUGUUGGCAGUGCAGGCGGCCAGGGUCCGGUGGCGGGCAUUCUGACGUCGGCUAUUGUGAUUGGAACUAACGCUUCCACUAACAGUCCAAUGAGUACUAUGGUACCUAUUACCUCGUUGGGUCCCUAUGCGACUGCGCCAGCACUUAGAGGAGGGUAUAUCAUAAACGCCGAAAGCAUGGGUAUGCUGCAACGGCCAAAGAGUACGCCCACACCGCCGAACUUGUUGACCGGAAGCUCGCCAUCGCACCAAUCGCAACAAAAUACGAUAUCUUCGCCCCUAGCAGUGAAUGUAAGCUCACAGGGUAAUGUGUCCAUAUCUGGUCCCAGCACAUCGACAAUGCGGCGCGGAAAGCCAACCAAUUUGCCACCGCAGCUUUCCUAUGACGGAACCGCCCCACGCACUUUGUCAACCGGCGUGGCCGUUGGCUCACAAUUUUACUAUGGAUGACAAAGUACAUUGGAUUGCGCUCCUCACAUGUGCACCACAGAUUUGGGUGUGGGAAUACGCGUGACUCCCUGCGUGACGCAGAAGUCAGCCGAGGUGGUAGAUCCUUCAAGCGAAACCUUUGCUGUAUCUUAGCCUUUGACUUCAUUAAUGCCAGGCUCCUCAAGUUGUGCAUAGGGGAAAAUUCUGAGAAAAUUUCUGUUGUUUUUUCCGCUAUAAGGUAUCAUCAGAGUCAAAGUAAAAAUAGCUAAUAUCUUAUUACUGCCUCUAAAUUGGAAAUAGAAUAAAUCGAUGCAGUUUUAACCUCGGACAAAUACCGGAAAGUUUAUAAAGCUAAUAAAUAAGUUGAAUUUCGAAAUUCAUUUGUCACUUUAAGACAAUGUCAAUGGUACUAAAAACGGAAUAUAUCUUGACAAAAUGUUCAGGCUGUCUUCGAAAAAUAUUGUUUAUAUUCACGAUAGAAAAAAUCAAGUAACUGCAAAUGGGUCGCACACAUAAGGAUAAAUGCCGUGAAAAAUUAUAAUAGCUCAAGCAAAAGGGGUUGGUGGUGUCACAAUUGCUUGCCCUUAUCCGAGUUGCAGUCUUGGCGUGGCACAUCUGAGAAGUUAAAUGCUGACCAGUACAGAUCGAUAAUACUCUUUAGUAUCAAAGUUUACUUGGAAGGCAUUGUAGGUGAAAUUCUUAGGCGCGUAGACCAACUAUUGCAAUGUAAUGUGUGGGCGUAAGCUGUAUAAGGCAUUACUAGCCUUGUCCCGAGCAUGGCUGGGCAAAAUGUUAAUGAAUUGUCCAUACACGCCAAAGUCAUUAUGGUUCAUUACCAAUCCUAUAAUUAUAUUUAGUCAUUGGAACCUGAUUUUAUACCAUAUCCAUAAAAACGUAUAUUAAUAUAUCCUUGCAGACAUCAUUAACAUUAUUCAUAACAGAUCCAUUUAUUUAAUUUAUACAUUGGUCUCCGAUUUUAUGUUAUUUUCACAAAAAUGUAUUUUUUUAAUGCGUUGCAGAGGGUAUAAGGAUUUCACUCACUGCAGGCAAUGAAGGAGACAUUUUCGUUCCCAUAAAUUAUUAAUGUUUUUAAUCUACAUUACUAGACCAGUCGAUCCAACCAUGUACGUCUGUCCGACCGUCUAUUCGUUUAUACCAUAGGAAUAAAUUAAAACAGAUUAAAAAAGGAAAGAAGAUAACUUAGACUUAUGUGUUUUUUUUUUUGACAAAUUUUAAAAAAAAUCAGACUUUAUCAUAUAACUGCUCUAGUAAAGCUCGGAUAAGUGUUACUAUCAAAAUAAUAUAAAGAUCGUUAUAUUUAAUUUUUGGUAAAUAUAUAUGGUUGUAAAUUUAAUCGGAACAUUAUCUUUAAAUUUCAGUAAUAAAUUUUUAAUUUCUCAAAAUGCUCUGUACAUAAAAUACUCCCGAUGGAAGACUUGCAAGGGUAGAGAAACUUAAGUUUGCUUCCUUUAUUUUUUUAUUUAGGUGUGUUUGUUUGGUGGUUUUCUGUAAACUGUCAAGUGCCUUCCUAAUUAGUAUUUAAGAGUGUAGUAUUCGUUUUCUUAAAAUUAAAAGCCAUCGCAGGAGCCGGUAAAUAGGUCAGAUAAAAGAAGAGACACAUUGCAUAGUAAAAUUAAUUUAUAACAAAAUGUAAAUAAGAAUAUUUCUGGUCAUGAUAUUCGAAUUGAUGGAAAUUUAAAUAAAAUGACUGGCUGGAGUUAAAUAUAAAAAAUACGGAUGUCCACAGUUCUCAAAUACCGUAUUUUUUAAUGUGUAUAUAAAAUUAUUAAUAUAGGUCGGACUUAAUAUAUAAGAUUAGUCACAAAUCAUAGCUGGUAUUUAUGAACAAAAAUGUUAAAGCAAAUGGAAAACAUUUAAGAAACUAUACCAAUGUUGUUAGGACACGUUAACAUAACUAAUUUAAUUACCUUACAGCUAUGCCAAAGUAUUGGUAAUAGAAUAUUCUAAUUUUUUAAAACAAAAAUUUUGAAUUUCGCAUGAAAACCAAAAAUUAAUAUAUGAAAUAGUCACGUUGUGUGUGAAUUGUAAAAAAGUGUUUUGUUGGACAUUUUCUUCAUAUGUGUAUGUAUUGUAAAUUUUAUACGAUUCAUUUUAAAGAAAUCAAUAAACUAUAUAUAGAAAUAACAUUUAAUUGUAAAUUUAUAAAAAAUCGCCGUAAACUACUAUAUAAA